AUGUUCUCGUCCGCGCGGCGCUGGCUACGCAACAACCGGACGCCCAUUGCCAUCGGAGUCGGCAUCGCCGGUGCCGGAUACGUUGCUACCCAAUAUGUCUUGAACAAGAUCAAUGAUGCGCGUGAGCGCAUGAGCAGCGAUCGCAUUGCCAAGGAGAACCUCCGACGACGAUUCGAACAAAACCAAGAGGACUGUACAUUUACCGUCCUUGCCCUUCUCCCUACGGCUACUAGCAAUGUCAUGAGCGCCAUGAACACGGAACAAAUCACGUACGAGAUCCAGCAAAUCAAAGGCUCGACAAAGGGCCUGAAGACCGGCACCGCCGAAUCAACGACCAGCCCGCCCAGCAUUGCCGAUACUACCAUGACCGAAGAAGAUGGCAAAAGCUUGGCUACGUCCACCAGUAUGCAUAGCGAAAGUGGGAUUCAUGCCAGCCAGAUUGCCUCCCCUACGCCCUUUUCUGCCGCCGCUGGUCAAGACGGCCGGCAGGACGGUGCCACUGCGCCGAGAGUGUCCCGCAAGACGAAGCGACAGCUUUGGGAUGACUUGACAAUCAGUGCCGUUACUAGAGCCUUCACGCUCAUGUACACGCUUGCCCUUCUCACCAUGUUGACCCGCGUCCAGUUGAAUCUCCUUGGCCGCCGAAGCUACCUGUCCAGCGUUGUGGCUCUCGCCACUGGUUCUCAGCAGGCUACCAUCAGCCUCGAAAACAACGACGAUGACAAUCCAGAGCAGGCCUACGGCAGUGACUUUGACACCAACCGCAAGUACCUCACAUUCAGCUGGUGGCUCCUGAACAAGGGUUGGAUCCAGGUCAUGAAACGCGUUGAAAGUGCAGUACGAACUGUCUUUGACGGCCUCAGCCCCCGCGACCUGGUCAGCUUUGACCGAUUCAGUGAUCUCACCAUGGAAGUCCGCAAGCUGGUUGAGGGUUCCACCGCGGAUGAGCGUAGACAGACAGACUGGCUGACCUUCUUGCUCCCUCCCCGCGAUCAGGAGGAAGAGGUCAUUCGCCAGUCCGGCAUCCUGGAAGACAACUCCAUGCAAGGCGGCGCUGCAGCUGAGCCAUCGUCUGCGGCACUUCGAAGGCUACUUGAUGAGACUGCUGACUUGAUUGAGUCACCUUCCUUUUCGCACGUCCUCACUCUUAUCCUGGACGCCGCCUUCGAGGCGCUGGUCGACAAGAAGCUGGCCACUGAAGCUUUUGAUCUUCCUUGCCAGUCACCAUUCCCGCCUCCCGAAUCGAUGGAGCUCCGUCACUCCAAAGUCGUCCUCCUUCCCAAGAUCUUAUCCGUCUUGACACGCCAAGCCCACGCCAUUGGCAACGGUGUACCCAAUGAAUAUCUCCAAGAGAUGGAGACGGUGCGCGCCUUGGAGUCUUUCGCCGCUGUGGUCUACUCAAGUAAUUGGGAAAACGAGAUCCGUGAUGAGGGCAUCAUGGACAGCGCGGUGAACAUGAGAAGAGGAGAAGCGGACUCGCAACUCAUUCAACACCUAGAGCAGAACAAGCAGACGAGUGUGGGAGAGAGCAUCGUCAUGGUUGAUUCACGGGGUGGGUUUGAAGAUGCGUGGGAUAAGGCGAUGCAGCAGAAAUCAUAA